AGGCCAUCUCCCUCAUCUCCUUCUCUCCACCUCUCUCGAGCCCAAACCCUAGCAGUUCUUCUGCAGGGCAAUGGCCGAAACCCCAAAGAAACCCAAAACCUCUCCCUCCAAUCCAAAACUCCAUUCUCCAUUUUCGGCCCUCUCCAUCCCUCCGACGCCCUCUCCUGUCACUCCUCGCCGCUCUCUCCGUCGAAUUCCGCCCGCUUGGGAAACUGAAACCCUUCGGAAACCGGAUGCCGACGUGCCCGCAAAACCCCGUUCUCUGAAAACUCUAAAAUCCGCCAAAAAGGGCCAAAGAUCGAGGCGCGAAUCCAAUAAACUGCCGUCCGAACCUCCGUUCUCUCCCAUCUCUCCUGAUCUCGCGGAACCCAAGAAGAGGAAACGGUCGGAUGGGAAAAUUGCGCCGAGAUCCGCUUCUCGGGCUUCGAGGAUGGUGUGUUUCAAGCGGGAAGGAGUGAAGAGGGAAGUGAAGAGGCGCACCUAUUAUAAGAAGGUUGUGUAUGACGGUGGUGAAUUCGGGAUCGGCGAUGAUGUUUAUGUGAAGAGGAGGGAAGACGCGAGCUCAGAUGGCGAGGAUCCGGAGGUGGAAGAGUGUCGGAUCUGCUUCAAGUCCGGGAAAGCAGUGAUGAUAGAAUGCGAUGAUUGUUUGGGCGGGUUUCACAUGAGAUGUUUGAGGCCUCCAUUGAAAGAGGUUCCGGAAGGCGUUUGGAUUUGUAAGUUCUGCGAGGGUCGGAGAACGGGGAAGAAGGUGGAGUUUCCGAGGCCUCCUGGGGGUAAGAGGCUGAGUAGAACGGCGAGAGAGAAGCUUCUUUCGAGUGAUUUAUGGGCGGCACAUAUCGAAAGUUUAUGGAGGGAAACGGAUGGUACCUACUGGUUUAGAGGUCGAUGGUAUAUAAUUCCUGAAGAAACUGCAGCUGGAAGACAGUCACAUAAUCUUCGUAGAGAGCUUUACCGCACGAAUGAUUUUGCUGACAUUGAGAUGGAAUCUGUCCUAAGGCAUUGCUAUGUUAUGAACCCUAAAGAAUUUUCUAAAGCCAGCAGUGAGGGAGAUGAUGUCUUUCUAUGUGAAUACGAGUAUGAUGUCCGCUGGCACAGUUUUAAACGUAUUGCAGAUCUCGAUGAUGAAGAGACUGAUGGAGAAGCAGACAAUGAUGAAGAUUGGGAUUCUUCUAAAGACUCAGGAUGUGAUACAGAAGAAGACUUUGAAUACAAAAAAGAAACUGAGAUAGGUUCAUCGGCUGCAAAAUACCCAGCUAACAAAUACCAAUCCCAUGAAUUGGCAGCGAACUCACGGAAGGGGCAUAUCUUUGGUCUUCAGAAGAUAGGGACAAAGACAAUUCCAGAAUAUGUUAGAUGCCAUAAGAAGACCGAACUUGAAAGAGCUAAAGCUACACUGCUAUUAGCCACUUUACCAAAGUCGCUGCCCUGCAGAAAUAAAGAAAUGGAGGAGAUAACUGCAUUUGUCAAAGGUGCAAUCUGCGAAGAUAAUUGUCUAGGGCGCUGUCUCUAUAUUCAUGGUGUUCCCGGAACUGGCAAGACUAUGAGUGUACUUGCAGUAAUGAAGAAUCUAAGGUCUGAAGUUGAUGCAGGAAGUAUAAGACCCUGUUGCUUUGUAGAGAUUAAUGGUCUGAAAUUGGCCUCCCCGGAGAAUAUAUACAGGGUCAUAUAUGAAGCUUUAAGUGGACAUAGAGUUGGAUGGAAAAAAGCUCUUCACUUGCUGAAUGAGAGAUUCUCCGAUGUUAAUAGAGUUGGCAAAGAUGAAAAUCAGCCCUGUGUUCUACUCAUCGACGAGCUUGAUCUUCUUGUCACAAGGAACCAGUCGGUUCUGUACAACAUUCUUGAUUGGCCUACAAAACCGCAUUCUAAAUUGAUUGUAAUAGGCAUAGCAAAUACUAUGGAUCUUCCAGAGAAGUUGCUGCCCCGUAUUUCAAGCCGUAUGGGCAUCCAAAGACUAUGUUUUGGUCCCUACAACCAUCAACAACUGCAGGAGAUCAUUUCAAGCCGUCUUAAGGGCAUUAAUGCAUUUGAGAAGCAAGCUAUAGAAUUUGCUUCAAGGAAGGUUGCCGCUAUUUCGGGUGAUGCACGUCGUGCCCUGGAAAUUUGUAGGCGUGCAGCAGAACUAGCUGAUUAUCAACAUAAGCAGUCACCACAAUCAACAAUGCCAUCACUUGCUGUUCAUGAUUCUCAAGCAGGAAAACAACUUGUUGGAAUGGUUGAGGUCGAAGCGGCCAUACAGGAAAUGUUUCAGGCUCCUCAUAUUCAAGUAAUGAAAAGCUGUUCAAAACUGAGUAAAAUUAUGUUGGUGGCUAUGGUGCAUGAGCUCUACAAGACUGGAAUGGGAGAGACCACCUUUGAAAAGUUGGCAAUGGCUGUUUCCUGCCUCUGUAAAAGCAAUGGUGAAGUGUGUCCCGGGUGGGAUACCCUCUUCAAAGUUGGCUGUAAGCUUGGUGAAUGCAGAGUCAUUCUGUGCGAAGAAGGAUCUAAACAUAGAUUACAGAAAUUGCAGUUGAACUUUCCAAGUGAUGACGUAGCAUUCGCGCUGAAGGAUUGUCCACAACUCCCUUGGUUAGCUAAGUACCUGUGAUUACAGGCUUGGAAAAAUUAUGUUCUUCAUUCUUAAGAUUAUUUAAAAAAUAAAAAAUAAAAACUUUCCGGCUUUUAUUUUUCCAACUGUGAAUGGGAUUUUAUGAUCCCCUGAUGAGUUAACUCUUUUUCUCCUUGCACAUAGAUUUUAUUUUAAUUUAAACUUUUCCAAUCUUACCUAGAGAAACAAUGGUACUUUGAAUAGUCUCUCUGUUAAUAUUUUCUUUCAAACUGC